AUGCGCCCUUGCGCCGCCUCUGCCCCGCUUCGCAGCCUUCGACUCAACGCGCCUCGUCGCAUCGUGUUGCCGAGGCAGGGUCGAGGUCGCACGCUAUGCACGACGUGCCUCUGUCGACCGAGCCAGACGUCUGAAGCGCGAGCGACGACGAGCCAGGGGCAUGUCGCUGCACCGCGCCUGCACGCGGCGCCUCGAUCCUCUCGAGAGCACGUGGUGAAGAGAUGGGCCUCGACGGUCGCGGCGGCGAAUACCAAGAAUGGCAUCAUCGAGAGCCUGCAGCAUCUCCACGACGAACUGGCAAACUACGCGGCGCCGGCCGUCGAACACCCCGACCUCGCGUCCCUCACGCCCUCCAAGUCCCUCUUCGGGUCCCUCUUCGGCGGAGGCAAGCCGGGCAGGGCCACGAUCGGCGCGAUCCCCAGCAACCUGCCUCGCGGCCUCUACCUCUACGGCGAUGUCGGCAGCGGCAAGACCAUGCUGAUGGACCUCUUCUACGACACGCUGCCGCCGUCGGUCAAGUCCAAGACGCGCAUUCACUUUCACAACUUCAUGCAGGACAUCCACAAGCGGCUCCACAAGAUGAAGCUCGAGCACGGCAACGAUGUCGACGCCGUGCCCUUCAUCGCCGCCGACAUUGCCGAGCAGGGCAACGUGCUCUGCUUCGACGAGUUCCAGUGCACUGACGUCGCCGACGCCAUGAUCCUGCGACGGUGA